AUGAUCCGGAUUGGAACUGAGAAGGUGCGGACAGGCUGCGUAACAUGCAAGCGGCGCAGGGUAAAAUGCGACGAAGGUCGUCCUCGAUGUGCCCGAUGCAUCAAGGCUGGUCGUGCAUGCGAAGGUUAUACCUCCAUCCCGGGCCGUCCGGGUCAUGGCGAGGCGUUCAAAUUUGUAGUCUACACACCAACUCAGGGACAACUACUCUCGACCGACCCUGAUCUCGACUGGUCCGAACGGCGGUCACUCAGCUUCUUCCAGGAUCGGACUGCGCUCGAGCUGUCCGGGUCGUUUCAAAGCGACUUCUGGUUCUCCACAAUUCUCCCGCUCGCUCGACAAGACCCAGCGGUGCGACAUGCACUGAUCGCGUUGAGUAGUAUGCACGAGCAUUAUGCGGGAGUAGAUCACUUCGCACCCCCCAGUGGCCUCGAUUUUGCACUAGACCAUUACGGCAAGGCCAUACGAGAGCUAGUGCGGCUCAACAACCAGAAACAUGGGGAGGGCCGCUUCGAUUGUGCAUUGGUGACGUGUGCCUUGUUUUCCUCCUUCGAGUCUCUCCAGGGCCACUAUCAUACCGCUUGCAAGCACGCGAUCUCCGGCAUGAAGAUGCUUGCCGAAGAUCAACGUCAGAGCCACGACUGCUCCGACACUAGCCUGGGACCGAGAACGAUGCGCAAUUCCCGCUUCGAAUUGACGCGCUUCUUUACGGCCAUGAGCCGACAGAUGCUUGAGAUUGGAGACUCGAACUUCAGUGGACCGCGGCCAUCUAUAAUCUGGGGCGCACCAUCCAUGCCUGAACGGUUCGCCUCGUACGAGGAUGCCUUACUACAUAUGGAAGUGCUCUUGACUCGGCUGAACGACUAUGCCAAUCGAGUGGACGAGCUCGCUAAGGCUGGUCCCGUCCCGGACGAGAUGGCAAACAACUUCAUGUUCGAAUUCGUCUCUAUCAAGGAUCAUGCAAUAAGAUGGAGUGCGAUGUUUGACGUACUGAACUCCGAGCAGCGACAGAAUGCAAGUCAAGAUUCGACACCCGAGUCAACUUCUUCCAGCGAAAAGCCAUCCUCAAUUUCAGGGCGUACUUCGACCAUCCCACCCGCCGCGUUGUUGCUCCAGGCAUAUCAGUCAUUACUGGUUGGGUUCUUGCAGCGGGUCGAAGUCAACGAUGAGACUGUUUUGGACAACUACGCCUCAGAUUUUGAAACCUGCUUAGAUUUAUGUGAGGCAUUUCUCAAGCAGACAUCUCACAUCGUCACGCCCGAACCUAUUCCGGUACAGCCCUCUCAGACACCGAAAAUGGCACGCCCAUCAUACUCCCUAGCCCUAGGCGUGGUGGCGAUCAUGUUUGUAGUCGCUACUCGUGGAACUAACAUGUCAAGUCGAGAACGUGCGAUUCGUCUCCUCAAGUCAUGCCACCGACGCGAAGGUUUCUGGGACUCAUGGAUUGCUGGAGAGCUCGCAGACCGCAUAUACCGAAUCCAAGCCAUGGUCAAUAAGAAGUUUGGAGAUUCGGCUCAAAUUGGUUGCAAGUUGCUGGAUGUCAGUUUCCUGCCGGACAGGAAAUGCGUCCUACGGUAUACUUUGAGCAAGCCUCGUCCUCUGGGACACGAGCAUGUUGUAUCACCUGGAAUAUGGGUCGGACCAGUGUCAGAGACUAUGGAUGAAAACAAGGUAUAUUAUGAGAGUUUGGAGUGGGAUGCGAUGAGGACGUGGAAAUCUUAG